GAAUUAGUCGGCUACGACGCGAGCUUCUGCUAGGUACGACUUAAAUGUUUCGCGGUUAAUAAUAAAUAAUAAAAAAAAUGGCGAAGAUCCGCUUUAUGAUGACGGUCGGUACGCGAACCGCGAUAAUCCGCCCGACGGUGAUCUAAAAACAAUAGUGCUAAUCUAUCGCCACAUUAGCGGUGCGUGCGCGCUCUCGCGUAAUCUGUGUUAUCGUUCUCGAUGACAGUGUUGUUUAUUGAGUGCCACUAAUUGGAUUAUUUUCGUAUCUUGACCCAAAAUCCACUCCGAAAAAGGGAGGAGCGUUUCCGUGCCCGUGAAUGGGAGCGUCAAGCGCGGGCGGCGCAAAUGUCUUCCUCAGCUGUGGAUCACGAUGGCCCUGCCCAGAGCCCUCUCUUCAAGGAGCCCAUCAAGGUGUACCCCUCGUCGACGGACCGCGUAUCUCACGCGAUCCACAGCACGCUGGGAGACUUCUCCUACAUGAGGGACUACCUGAACAAGGACUCUUCGGGCCUGAUAGGCGUGGACGGCGUACCCCCCAGCCCGGGACCCGCCCAUCCGGUCCAUCAGUCGCCACCUCUCAAUGGCAACACAGCCGCCAGGUUACAGGCUUCACCAGAUAACCGGUACGAGUUUAAGAAGCCCCACCAACAGAUGCACCCGCCGCCCCAGGGCCACCAAAGGGGCGGCUACGUAAAACCGGCCGAGGGAAAGCCGCCCUAUCUGGGCAGGGGCGGUUACCCCGGCCAGCCGGUUAAAAGGGGGGCCGGGGGUGCGCCCGGCCAUAGGGCGAACGGGUUGGUGCCGGCUAAGGGGCCACCUUCUUUGAAUCCGUCAGGACCUCGACAUCCCUACGAAAUGAACCAGCCUCCCUUAGCAGCUCCUCGGGAACCGUUACCUUCAGCCACACCAGGUCCUCAAGAUGUGGACAAUAUUCUUAAGGAAAUGAUUUUUCCAACAGCGGCGAUUUCGGCAAUAGCAGCUACACCGAGGAUAGAUUCUGAUAAUAAGUAUCAGUAUAACCCUUUGGUAAAGGUGCCAGAACCUGUAACGCCAGUACUGAAAAAACGAGAACGUCCUACAACGUCUAGGAUACCUUCAACGGAUAUACACAGUCAAUUGGAGUUAUCGGAAGACAGUGAUGACGAUGACAAAAAGCACCACGUGUUACCUAGUCGAAAUUUAGCUCUUGAUAAAAUGCUGUCGCCCAUUCACCAAACGCCAGCACCGCACCAGUCUCGGCAUUCCGAGCGGGUGCCCUCGUUCUCCAGCGGCGACCAGCAAGUUCCGCCACAGCCGCGAACGCCGCCCUCCAGCAGCAGCGACUCGGGCUCAGACUCGGCCGAGUCGGACAGCGAAUCGAGCAGCGAGGACUCGGCAGAGGAGCGAGUGACGUCGCAGUCGCAGGCAGGUCCAGCCUCUUCGACAGUCCAACCACCUCCGCCGCCGCGUCCUGAGCCGCCCGGCCCCGCCCCUCAGUCGCCCCAUGGCAACGACGAGCAGGAGAACCGCACCACGCGCUGGAACCUGGCCAGUUUCGUCAAUAGCCAGAACGAGACCGCCUCGCCCACCAAAACCGGUGCGGUCCAGAGGGUCAGCCCGGACUCGCGAAAGCGGCCCGCGGAUUGCGGUAGCGAUUCGGAUGAACGCAGCAGCGACUCUGCGCAACUGGACAGGACAGUGGCGGAGGCGCAGCAGCUGGUCGCGCUUGUCAAGGGACCCAUUACCAGUCUGUCAGACAGCGACGAUCAACGCACCGAGCAAAUUAGACAAAGGCAUAAAAGGCAACGGCCCUACGUCCGACCCCCGUCAUCCCGAUCUCGUCUCAGCGAAAGCGAAGACAGCGACUCCGAUCGUCCUCAGGAACGGAGUUGUCCCGCCAAGGUCGCCCCCAAACCAGUCGUACGUCCCAGUCCUCGCACCAAGUCGGUCGGCUCCCAGAGCGAUUCGGACAGUGAUAUUCCAUUUGCUACCAGUGCCAAAUCGGGGUCCAGCCUGACCCCCAAAACGUUGCCUUUGCCGACCAGAGUCGAUCUCGUCGAGUCGGAUUCUGAUGUCCGAACGCCCAUACAAUCGACCAGCGGCUCCAAGAGUACGCCCAGUGGGGAAUCGUCGCUUUCGGCGCCCAAGCCUAAGGGGCGCGGAAGACCGAGGAAGAUUAAAACGGAAGGCGGGGAGGGGGAUUCGGUGAGGAAGCGGGGGCGGCCGCCUCGAGUUAGCAGGGAUGGAGAGGUGAAGAAAACCGGAAGAAGAGGGAGACCGCCUAAGAUUAGAUCAUCUCCACCACCAAGCAGCUCCGACGAAGAAGGUUUUGAAAAACCUUCAGCGCCUUUAAGGAAAACUAAAGCUAAGAAAAAUAAUACAAGUAGCGAUUCCGAUAGUUCGAGGCCAUCGUACAGAAGGAGAAAGUCGAGUUAUCAGCAGCAGGAUUCUGAUCGAGAUUCAGUUCAAUUCAAUCAUUCACCUUCUAAGAAGAAAUCGAAAGCAGCUCGUGGGUCAGACGAGUUUAAAAAUGCAAAACACGAUUCUGAUGAUGAAUGGAAUGAACGGAAGAGAAGUCGCGUUAAGGCCCUGUUUCAAGAUAGUCGAUCCGACAGAAGUGAGUCCGAGUCGUCCGUUCGUCGCAGACGCGAUAAACCGAAGGAAAGCACCUCGCCCUUCAGACGGAAACAUGCCAAAAGCGUGGCGUUCGUCCAGACCUCCGAUUCUAGCGACAGCGACGAACCUCCGCCGCGCGUCGGUAGACCGAGCAGAAGCAGUACCUCCGAGAACCACGUUCACCACAUUUCCGAUUCUGACAGCGACUUGGAUAGCGUGCCGAAAAACUGGAUAAAGUGGACGAGCACAAGUCGAUCGCUGACAAGAACAAAAACAACGUGUUGUCGAAACUGUUCACGCCGAAACGUGAUACCGAAGGAGGUGGAAAAGGUGGCGGCAAGGGUGGUAAAGGUGGAAAAGGAAAAGGUGGGGUAAACGUCAUAAUUGUUGAUGGCAACGAUGAGAGGACCAGCUCGUCGGUGGAAGACGAGGCGAUGCCUACCAUAUCGAAUACCAAUUUAUUAUCGCCCAUUCCUACCAACGACAACAAAAUAUCUAGC